AUGUUCAUGAAUAUCUUGGGAUUAAUUUAUUUAUUCCCCUUGUUAGUAUUGGCAACUCCUCCAGCGUGUUUAUUAAGUUGUAUCGCAGAAGUGUCUAGAACUUGCAGUAAUGGUAAAAUUGAUUUCAGCUGUUUAUGUAUAGAUGAAGAUUCAGUAGUUGGUUGUUUAGUUGACAUCUGUCCUUAUGGAACUUUCCUCAGCGCUAGAGAUCAUUAUCUUGGAACUUGUAUGGAACAUAGUAAACCAACUAAUUCAAAUCCUAAUCCUCCACCUCCAAUUUAUCCUCCACCAUCUCCAAGUUUUAGUUCAAUUUCUAAUAGUAUUAGUUCAAGCUUAUCAUUUCCCACUUCUAUUACAGAACUGGUUUCUUUAUCUACAUCUUUACUGGAAACUACUACUCAAAAUUAUCCAACUACAUUGAUUAUUACUACUUCAGAAUCAACUGUUUAUUCUUCAACUACUAUAAUUAGAACGAGAUAUUCAACUGGAUCAUCUACGGUUUCAAUAACUGAACCAGAGAAAACUCAACCUAUAGGAUCUUCAGUAACAACUAAAUACAAACCAACUUUCACUUCGUCAACAAUUGCACCUACAGAAACUUAUGAUGUUGACGACUGUGAUAACAAAUAUGAUGACGAUUCUGAUGAUAAUGAUUAUGACAAUAAUGAUGAUGAAGAAGAAGAAGAUAAUGAAGAUGAAGAAGAUUCAGAUUCAUAUGAUUGUGAAUGGGAAGAAACUCAAACCAUUGAUGAAAAUGGAGAAAUUAUUAUUAUCAGACGUCCAAUUAACGUGCCUGAGAAACAUCUUGAUCCCAAAAAUAAUGGAGUAACUAGAAGAGUUAUUAUUAAAAAGGCAAAUGGUAGAAAAUAUGUUCAACCAAUUGGUAAUGUCAGUUAUAGAAAUAACAAAUUGAAAAAUUCUGAUAAUAAAAGGAACCGUAAUUCAUUUUUAGGAGUUAUUACUAGAUUGAAGAAUCCAAAACUGGGAACCAUACCCGAAACUAAAGUAAAUAAGUUCAGAACUUCUUACAGAAAAGCCAAUUCAGUUGCACAACCUAAGUAUAGGAAUCAACAACAAUUAAAGUAUAGAAGUCGUCGUGCAAAAAAUAAUGAUAAUAGGUAUUAA